AUGAACGACCCCACAGUGGAGGUCACCGCUCCAGACGACGAUAACAAUGGCCUCGAUAACAAAGCUGCCCCAUCAUACAUCGACUUCGACAUCUUCCUCGACUCCGAAUUCUCACCCUAUUCAUUCGCGAAUACACUUAUACACGCUACGAACAACCUUUCAGAUACGACACUAGACCUAAGCACUCCUCUAUCCCGUGUGCUCUUCGACCUUCAAGAGAUCGAUACGCAUAUUCACACCUUAACCACAUCAUCCGCUGAACCCCUCCUAACCCACGCCAAAGUCUCACGGGAUAACUCCAAGCUCUUGGUCAACAGCAUUCGUGAACAACUUACACAAUUGUCUGCAUCGUACGCACGUCUCUCGAAAGAGGUUCUAGACCGUCAUGAUGUUGCAAAGCCAUUGAACACUGUAGUCGAGAACUUGGCGCGAACAACACGUUUACUCAGAGGAUGUACGCGAUGUCUCUUGCUCGGAAGGCAAUUGGAAGUUCAAUUGUCAGAAGCUAUCCCCACGGGGGCGACAGAUGAUCCUAGGGGUCCUCGUAGACCACGGAAGGAGGAUCCAAAGGCCUUGAUACGAGCGGCAUAUACCAUCGUCGAAUUGCGACGAAUGUACUCCAAUGCCACUGGCGAAGCCCCCGGUCUAGAAACUCUAGAUGUAAUGAAAACUCUCCUGAACACGGUUAUAACCCCAGCAGACCGAACAAUCAAAGCCCGAGCUCAGCAGACAAUCAAAGAGUUCAGCUUCGCCUCCUCUUCCUCUUCAUCGUCAUCAUCUUCUGCCCUCUCCACAAGCACGGACAAAGAACCAACAACUUCAGAAACCCGUUCUCGGGCUACAGCCGCAAUCCUAGUCCUCCACAUCCUCUCCCCAACAUCGUAUACCCCAGGUACAGGUCCCGCCUCAGCAUCAAACGCCAAAUCUCCAACAAGUCUCCUAACCUCCACCAUAACAUCGUACCUACAAUCUCAACUCACAACCUCCCUCGCCUCCAUAAGCCGCAGCUUAACAACCCUCUCCACCCUCGACAGAACACUAAACGAAGUCUCUACUAGAGCAGCAAAUAUCGUAGCUCUCGAGAAAAUCUUACAAUCAAUACCCGCAAACAUCUCUACAAAUCCAUCCCAACUAACGUUCUCAACCCCUGCAUUCGACCCAACAUCUGGAUUAUCUGACACCACAAAUGUAGAUGGCUCGGAUGACGAUUCAGAAGACGAAAUAACAGAAAUAGGUGGUUCUUCUUCGGGAAACAAAAAGGAACCCCAAGAAACCCUCCUAACUCCAUUACUUUCUUCUCUGGAUACCCCGUCCCUUACCACCCAUUUUUUCAGGACUCUGGCAUCGAAUCUAGAUCCUAGAGUUCGAGAAAUAAUGUCUAAGGGCGGACUUGCAGCCAAGAAUCUAAGAGAUAGUAGGGAUAAGGUUAGAAACGGACUAAGGGACUGUGUGAUCCGCGGCGUUAAUGCAGGGAAUGCUGCUGGAAGUUCUUCAAGUCGAUUAGGCAGUACUACUCAAGAUGGGAAGGGGCUCGAAGGGCUCGUAGGAAUGAUGUUCGGUGCUGUAGCAAGUUUAGGAAGAUGA